GGAGCCGUUGACUGAAUAGAUGCUCGCGGCUUCUGUAAGCGGAGCAGGGACACUUGCUGUGGAGAGAAGAGCCAGAGAGAGUGGACACUGCCCCGGACAGACGAAACAGAUCACUUUCACUCAACCCACAACAUCGCAACAUGUCUUCAAAGUGCCCCAAGUGUGACAAGACGGUGUAUUUCGCUGAAAAGGUGUCAUCACUGGGGAAGGACUGGCACAAGAUGUGUCUCAAGUGUGACCGCUGCAACAAGCUCCUGAACGCCGGAGGCCACGCUGAGCAUGAUGGACGGCCCUACUGCCACAAACCGUGCUAUGCUGCCCUCUUUGGGCCGAAAGGUGUGAACAUUGGUGGCGCCGGCUCUUAUGUGUACGAUACUCCAGCCAACAACAACCCCACUAGUGUGGAUUCGGUCCCAAGAGCCGAAGAGAAGCGAGUGUUCGCCCCCAAGGCAGCACCCAAAGCAGCCGGCAGCAUCACCACCUUUUCUGGAGAGGCCAACCUGUGUCCCCGGUGCAGCAAGAAGGUGUAUUUUGCUGAGAAGGUGACAUCUCUGGGUAAGGACUGGCAUCGACCCUGUCUGCGCUGUGAGAGGUGCAGCAAGACUCUGACUCCUGGCAGCCAUGCAGAGCAUGACGGCCAGCCCUACUGCCACAAACCGUGCUACGCUGUUCUCUUCGGGCCCAAAGGCGUAAACACCGGUGGUGUUGGCAGCUACAUCUAUGAAAAGGAGCCCAGUGCAGUGACCCAGCCUUGAACCUUUUGUCCCCUCAGCUUCAUCCCUCUUCUCUACACAACACUGAUCGUCAACCACAGUAUUAUUCGUAGCCUUUUUCUCUUCCUCCCACCUGUGCAUUCAUCCCCGAGACAACCAGCCUUCUGAUCCUUCUGUACUUUACUCUGACCCGCUCCCAGCUGAUUUGGCACCGUGAGGAAUGACUUAAAUUGCCGAGACAUGUGUCGUAUAAUGUAUUUGCUCCGGGAGAGCCACAUCCAGCGUUCCCACAGGUUAUUACAAAUACUUCCAUGUUUACACAUUUAUACUAUAUACUAGGAUGUGGUCCACAUUAAAUGUCACCACAGUAAGACACAAAGGUCUCAUAUUUCAAUGUUGUACCCUGAACGCUGUGUGAUUGAGGAGCUCUGUUUUGAGAUGACAUAUGUUUAGCAAAAAUGUGACUGAGGGGGAUUCUUAGGCGUGGAAAAAGUGCAUUGUGGGUAGAGGUGCAGCGUGUUGACAGCUAGAGGAAUUUCACCUCGGAGGCUGUUGCGCACACACACAGGUGCUGCUCAGGAGCAUGUUGCCAAUAAAUCUGUGUUUUACAAAUGCCAUAUUUACGUUCUGGCUGCCUGACAACAUUCCUUAUUUUAAAAAAAAAGUCCCAACUUAUUGUAAAAAGAUGGAAAGAGGAUCUCAGGCGACUGUUACAGGAUUUUCAACAAACCCACAUACAUUUAUUUUACUUAGCAGCAUAUGUUCAUAACCUCAACAUCCGGAUAAAGUGCUACUAAAUAACUCAAACGUCUUUUUUUAAAUGAGGCAGAAUGUGGGGGAGGUUUUGCAAAGGGCGGGGCUGUGGUUAGCUGGAAGAGAAACGUGUAUUUAUUGCUUCAAAUCAAGUUAUUUCGAUUUAAUUAGCCAUUGUACUACUUACCCUUCAUGGGACUGAUUGUGAAGGAGGUCAAACGAGGCAACGUAAACUGUAUAAAUCUCUACGAUCAAGAUUUCUAUUGUUAAUUACAAAUGAAUAACCCUGCUGUUGUCUUCCGAGAGAUGACGCGCUAAUUGAAGUAUUCUCAGUAGCUUGUAGAAACACUGCGGACAAGUCAUUCUGUAAGAAUGUGCAUCCUAGUAUUAUUGUUAGACUGUUACUGUGUUUGUGUAAUACCUGUCGGACAUCGUAGGGCUUCAUAGACACCCCCGCGGGGCUCACUGUUUGUACAAGUCGCUGCACUUCAGCCCUGCUGCAUUCGUCUUUUUAACCCGUCGAAUAAAUAUAUAAUAAACUCUU